AUGCACAGACCAACGUUUUACGAGAAUAUGAAGUUUAUCGACCUGGUCGAUAUUGGCAAUGUGUUGAUGGCAGCGUCUCUCGGUGUUGGUCAUCUCUCAGCUGCAUAUGAGGUCCUGCGGCUUUUCACCGAGUAUGCGGAGCUUACUCUGAGGGAGCGGGAAUACCUUGCCGAGGCCGCCGAAGUUAUUGCAUCUUGGAGUGCUCGAAGUAUAUCGAGCAGCAACACCAUCCGGCUCUUGCUAUCCAGCGCCAUGACGACCGCCUUGGAACAGUCCUCUAACUAUAGAUCGUCAAAACAAGCCCCUAUCGACUUAGAAGCUGUCAGACAAUCCCUCUCUGUUGAGGCGAAAGUGUUCUUAAGGGAUAUACAUCUCGGUGGCAUGUCAAAGGCCGUCGCCUUGAUCAAUUUGGAAGAGCUCAAUGCUGUCACCUCCCUAGCCAUCCAGGAGCAAAUACAGCCGGACCUGGAAGACCUAGGAAACGUUGCUGAGAAGUUUUGCACUCAGGGGCUAAAGGCCGGGUGGAAACUCAAAACGCUUCUGGUUAAUCAUUUCAAACAGCAUCUUCCUCUGGCUCUCGCUGUUCAGCUAGAGAAGACAGAUGGCCUUCAAGAACAUUUUCCACCGGAAAGCCAUGUUGAUCCCACGUUCGAAACCGAUAGAAACGAUAUUCUCGAGUAUAUCAACACCGCUAUUGACGGCCUCGACAAUACAGGGCAGCUUCAGCAACUCCGAGACUUGCUGUCCGGCUUACCUACGGAUUCGAUGCCGCUCGGAAAGUUACUUGCCGUUCACAGACUUGUCGAUAUCCAGUCUGGGCCGGACACAUUAGUCUCCUCACGAAUCGACAACUUCGAUCUUGCGACGGCACACAGCAUAUUGUCACGUCACCUGCUUCAAGCUACUACUGAACCCGACUUUGCUCUCACUGCUCAGAUAAUGCAUACACUUCUGGACAAGAGAGCAUCUGCCAUGAGCCAGUGGAACAUAGAGGUCACACUGAGCACCGUGUCCACCAUUUGCGAGCAGAGUGCAACAGAUACCAAAUAUUCUCGCAAGGGGUACAUUCUUCUCUGCCAACUGGUAGAGAUAAUCAUCAAGCGCCAUCGCUUGCGACUAGAAGGCCAUUUUCACCUUCUCAUCUCGGUCCUGCAAUCACUACUGAUCGAUCUUCUCUCUCGUAAACCUGCCGACCCUAAAGCUAUCUCACGUCGUGAUGACGCCAAAUCAUACUCUCGGCUGCUGACAUUAGUCUGCGAGCCUACUGUCGCUUCGGUGACGCGCUCGCAACCAAGUAGUUUGGAUUCUGCCACUGAUGCGGCGAAACGCUUGGCGGGUCAACACAUGUAUCUUGUUCUGAUGCUGUACAUUAAGCUGCAGUUAGAAAAGAGCGUGUCACACGAUGUACAGGAGGCACUUGAGCCUGGUAUUUACUCGAUUCUCGACAUCUCCCCUACGGAGAUACGGAGAAUUAUGAACGAUGCGAUGGAUGGGAGCGGAAGGGCAAUCUUCAGGGAGCUGUACAAGCAGUAUCUCAAGUUUGGUAAAUGGUCAGGAAUUUGA